AUGUCUACCGCCGAGCUCGCUGUCUCCUACGCCGCUCUGAUCCUUGCCGAUGAUGGCAUUGAGAUCACCGCCGACAAGAUCCAGACUCUCCUGACCGCCGCCAAGGUCCAGGAGGUUGAGCCCAUCUGGGCCUCCAUCUUCGCCAAGGCUCUCGAGGGCAAGGACGUCAAGGACCUCCUGACCAACGUUGGCUCUGCUGGCCCCGCCGCCGCUGCUGGCCCCGCUGCCACCGGUGGUGCCGCUGCCCCCGCUGAGGCCGCCGCUGAGGAGAAGGAGGAGGAGAAGGAGGAGUCCGACGAGGACAUGGGCUUCGGUCUCUUCGACUAA